AUGCCGCAACCACGCAGGACAGACUCCAAUGCGCACGGACGCAAGGCGGUCAAGGAGCUAGACGUGCUCCACGAAGGAUGGGUGCUCAAGAAGAAGCGCAAGAAGAUGCAAGGUGAGUCGUUCGGCAAUCGCGAUAGCCCGUUGGCUUGCUUCAGAUUCACCACUGAGGCUGCGAACGUCGCGAUGUGGUACGGACGCGCUAUGCCCUCAUGGCCAGCCUUGCACAGUUGCGUCCGGACGAGCUCUUUCCUGACUGCGAAACCCUCCCGCAGGAUACGCCAAACGCUACCUGAUUCUGACCAAACAGGGCACCUUGACAUACGCUCUCACACCCGAGAAGCUUACUCGAGAUGCCAUCGAGAUUCCCCACGCUAGUGUCACUAGCAGUCAGAGGCAAGGUGAGCUGCUUUCCGCGCUGAAGAUACACCCGAGGUCUCACGCUCACGUCCCCGGUUGCCGUCGCGCUGUUAGGCACUCUGCAUGUGGAUAGUGGCAGCUCGGUCUUCCGUGAGUGUUUCUCGACAUUGACCUUGACGGCGCCUCACUGAACAUCCCUUUGCACUCGUGUUGCAGACAUCAAGAUGCUGAAUCCUCAGGACUUCAAUGCCUGGCGAGCGCACCUCCGAUCAUUCAUUCCAGAGCGCGAGCCUGGCUCCGCCCAGCGCAUAUAUGUGGCCUCGGAUAAUGGUUCUGACCUUCAAACAGUCGACCUCAGCCCACUGUUCACUGCCAAUGAAAAUGUCGCAAAGCUCAUUGCGGAAGUGCAAAAGAAGGUCGGAACGCUGAAGGAGAAAGGACAGCCACUUCUCAGUUCUCUUCUGCCCGUCUUCGGUGAGUCCGCAGCGUGGCGCUAUAGCGACGGGAAGGUGGUAAACAAUGAUGCUCACACCCUGCUGCGUCUUUCUGCAGAGGGUCAAGAUGGCAAGACCGUCGCCGAGCUGGACUCGCUGGUGGAAUCAUUGGCCGCUGAGCACCUCAACCUGCAACAUGCACUCGAGACCAAAAUCCCGAAGGUCGGUGGGCCCGACGGAACUAUGGACACUUUGAAGUCUCGAGUCGCUAGCUCCAGAAUGAGCAUCAGCAGUUUCCACACCACGCACACUGGUGGAGACGCGACCUUCUUCGACGCAGAUGCGGCCGCUGGAGCUGAAUUCGGCCUGGAUGAGGAUGGAGAGAAGCAAGAGAGCGCGGACAACUCACGGAUCGAGGAGUCCAGUGGAGCAGAAGACGACGAUGAUGACGAGAGCGGGGAAGACGAAGGGGAUAAGAAGGCUGCCAAUACAAAGGGCAAGGCGACCGCGAACGCCUCUACCAACGGUAGCGUGCAGUACAGGAAGAAAUUGCCUGCUCCUGUUUCCGGCGAUGAAGUCAGCUUGUUCUCCAUGCUCAAAAAGAACGUCGGCAAAGAUCUCAGCACCGUCUCAUUCCCCGUCUCCUUCAAUUGCCCACUAAGCUUGCUCCAAGCAGCGGCGGAGGAGUACGAAUACGCGCCUGCACUCCUUGAGCGCGCUUCGAAGACCCAGGAUUGGGUGGAGCGGAUCUGCUUGGUUGGUGCAUUCGCUGUCAGCGGGUAUGCUGCGUCGAAGCUGAGGGCGAGCCGGAAGCCGUGAGUGCACGACUCGCGCGAUCUGUCGUUGACCGUAUCGGCUGACCUUCAGCCUGCGACCACCUGCGCCACCUGCAGAUGGAACCCACUGCUCGGCGAGACGUUCGAAUGCGUUAGAGAAGAUCAGCACCUGCGUUUUGUUGCCGAAAAGGUGGUGCAUCAGCCGCCAGUGGUCGCUACAUACGCGGAGGGCAAGGGCUGGCGCUGCCACGGCUGGAGCGCUGUCAAGAACAAGUAAGUUGGGAAAGCGGCUCCAGGCCAGGUGCAGGACAGUCCGGCUGAUCGGCUUCAUGAUCGAUACAGGUUCUGGGGCAAAUCGCUUGAGCUCAUACCAGAGGGCAGCCUGAGACUUGAGCUUGACGAUGGCGAUGCUUUCAGCUUCAGCAAGCCAAGCAGCUUUAUGCGCAAUCUGCUAGCCGGCAACAAAUACCUGGAACACGUAGGCGAAUUGACCGUCACCAAUGAGAACACCGGUCAGCGUUUGGUUCUUGAGUUCAAAGAGGGCAACAUGUGGGGCUCAAACUCUAGCCGGAACCUGGUCCACGGCGAAGUGUUUGACGAGAAGGGCAAGUCCGUUUCUUCUCUUCGCGGCAAGUGGAGUGAUAAUCUGGCCAUUCAGAAGGAUAAGGAGAAUUAUCAAUUGCUUUGGGAAGCCGCCGAGAUGCCGCCAGAUGCAGAAAAGUACUAUGGAUUCACUUACUUUGCCCUCUCUCUCAACGAGAUUACCAAGGAUGUGAAGCCCUACUUGCCCCCCACCGAUUCUCGUUUCCGACCCGAUCAGCGCGCCUUCGAAGAGGGCAAAGUCGACGAGGCCGAGGAGCUGAAACAAAAGGUCGAGCAAGCACAACGAGAGAGGAGAAAGGCUGGCAAGAGCUACGAGCCCAGAUGGUUCCACAAAGAAGACGACGAUCCGGAGUGGAAGUACGGAAGCAAAGAUGGCAAGACUUACUUCAAGAGUCGUGCCAAGGCUGCUGGCGACUCGUCGGCAGACAAGGAAGAAGGCAAGCCCGCGGGCGAUGGCAAGAAUGUGUGGUCUGAUUGUCCAAAGUGAGUCGUCUAGCCGCAUGUCAGAAUACAGGGCCUGCGCUCACUCAUCAGCUGCGGAUUGGAUGUCUUGCCCCACCGUGAUAGCCUUUUCGAACCCUGA